UGCCAGCGUGCCAAAGUGCAUCGGCGUUAGAGGGAUGACAGGACUAAUGCCAUCGUGGCCAUGGCCGACCCUGAUGUUUCUGGGCGCCGCCGUUGCCCUUGAUCCAGAUCGGACUGCUGCUGAAAUGUGUGCUUUCGUGGCCAACAGCAACAUCGGCUGGACCGGUGCAGAGAAUGUCGAAUGGCCCGUUGCAGGACCGCAGGAGUGCUGCGAUAUUUGCACCUCUCAAAGUGCGGACAAUCCUCCAUGUGUCGCGUGGGUGUGGAUCCAUGACACGCACUGCUACCAGAAAUAUGACACGGGCGAGUUUGCCAUCACACAAUCACUAGGUAGUCCGAGCACGGAUUCUGGCAUCCUAGUGAUUACCACAUCUAGCUCUUCGUCAUCCUCAACCUCCACGUCGUCAACAACAUCCUCAUCAUCCUCACCCUCUUCAUCCUCAACCUCCACGUCGUCAACCACAUCCUCAUCAUCCUCAUCCUCAUCCUCCUCAUCCUCAACCUCCACGUCGUCAACCACAUCCUCAUCAUCCUCAUCCUCUUCAUCCUCAACCUCCACGUCGUCAACCACAUCCUCAUCAUCCUCAUCCUCAUCCUCCUCAACCUCCACGUCGUCAACCACAUCCUCAUCAUCCUCAUCCUCAUCCUCCUCAUCCUCAACCUCCACGUCGUCAACCACAUCCUCACCAUCGUCAUCCUCAUCCGCCUCAUCCUCAACCUCCACAUCGUCAUCAUCAUCGCAUUCCUCAACCUCAACCUCCACAUUGCCAUUGUCCUCCACGUCAAGUACUAGAAUUACGACUACGUCAUCGACCGCCAUCUCAACUGCUACAUCCUCGACAUCCUCAACGGCGGCAUUCACCUCUACCUCAACCUCUGCAUCGGCAACAUGGUCUACAUCCAGUUCUGUCAGCCGCACAAGCAGUUCGACCAGUUCCUCAUCCACACGCUCAAGAAGUAGCACGAGCAGCAGCAGCAGCAGCAUGUCCAGCAGCAGCACCAUGUCCAGCAGCAGCACUUCAUCCACCGUCUCGAUGACGUCAUUAACGUCAAGCACCGCAUCGCAUACAUUUACAUCUUCAACCACACGAUCUUCGAGCACAUCCACCACAUCAGUGAGUUCGACUUCCACGGAGACUUCAACCAGCUCUACAUCAAGCAUCUCAACACAUCUGAGUCCCUAA